AUGGAGAAUGCGGCGAUUGCGCUCGACUUGACGGUAAGAAGCCAAGAUUCGAGUAAUUCAAAGAACUCAAAGGAUUCGAGCAUCUCCGAAUCGAAACCCGAGAGUUGUUUAGAAUCGAAACACUCGAAGGAGAUUCUUAUUUCCGAAAAAUUGCAACGGCAACAACAGCACCAGCCGCAUCAGCAUCCAGGCGAAGCGACUAGACUCAGGUGCGAACAGCUGAAAGAUGACUCGAAUUUACUUAUGUUCACUUCCUGCGGCCAGUUGCUACUCGGUAUAGUGUUGGUGGUGUUCGGUAUUCUGGUAUUAGUGCACGGCGCCUCUUUGGGCGGUUCAGGUGCGGGACUGUGGGCAGGUGUGGGUGCCCUUGUCGCAGGUGCGCUGGGUGUUGUUGCGACCCUCGCGACAUCCUCGAGCAAAACUAAUUCCAAUUUUUCGACGGCUUACCUCGCCGCCAGCCUGAUUGCCCUUGCCCUCUCGAACAUGGCCGCCAUCACAGCCUUGACAGCUAUCGUCAGGGACUCCCAGAGGACUCCGGAAGUGACUUUACUCACGGUACGGAAUGAAAAUGGGGACGUGGACGAAGUAGAGGGUGGCUGGGCAAGUCUGCUGGCAAGCAUAGGCCUGCUUUUAACCAGUGUAGCUGAGCUAAUAGUCUCCGGCUACAGUUGUCUGACCUUGACCCCGAAGCUCUGCGGAUGCCUUAAGACGAGCAACGGUGACGAAGUGUCCAGCGACGGUCGACUGAAAACUCGCAACAUUGUUCACCAGUGGAUCACGGCUCAGAACCACCUACCGAAAAGCCAGCCGAUCUACGUGAUGCAACCGAUGCUGCCAAUUCAUCCAAUGAUCCAGUCAUCUUAUGGAAUACCAGCACCUCCUGCAAAGUUUCCUGGAGGAUUCGUAUCUGCUGGGCCAUUACCAAUUCCGUCUCCAGCCUAUGGUACUAUUCCUAUGCUUCCACACUUGCCAUACACUGGACCACCUUUAUCCCAAAUUACACGACCGAAACAGAAGCGUAAUUUGAGUAUGGAACACGGAAGUACAAUGGAGAGAAAGAGGCAAAUCGAAAAUAAAACCGAAUCCCUAAAGAGGAUGUCCUCGAUAGGUGAGGAUCAAGUUGAUUUGGCGCAAACUUACACAGGACUCGACAAAAAGAUCUCAGAAGAGUUCAUCUCAAUCGCCAUGGACCCAGAAAGGAAGUCGAAAGCUUCUAGUAGUCACGACAGUGAAAUAGGCAUGUCAAAAACUUGCUGA